AAUGACCCUUUAGGUGCUUUUUGGAACACUGAACAUGCAAAGAAUGUAGUCCCAGAUGACAAAACUAGACCUAGGUAUGAAGAAGAAUUGAGUAGCUAUAAUAGAACAAGUUCUUCAAGGGCAGUCAACCCGGAUGUAUCGCCGAUGCCGGUCAACUCACGGUUUCGUCUUCCAUCUUCGCAAAGGAAAGUCUGCAAAUUAGGCUCGAAUUGAAGAACCUCGGAUCUGGAUUAUCGCCAACAGUUUGUCGGCCAGUGUAGCUUUGAACGAAGGUGGAUGAGCGGCAAUGGCCAAGGUCUUCGAGCUUUAUUUGGCGUAGCAUCAAGGAAUCCAUCCCCCUCCUCCACUCCAGAACCCUCUGGCUCAUAAGAGAUGACGAAUCUGCGCGUAUUUGGUGUGACCAUUGGCUCCCAAGUUCUCCUCCUGCUCCUCCACCAGAAAUCACGCAGUAUCAAGAUCUUCAUGUCGCAGCUCUUAUCCCAGCAGGCUCCUGGGAUUCCAGUGCCCUUGAAGCCCUCUUCAGUGACCAAGUUGCAAGCACCAUCAAAUCACUCCCACUACCUGGCGUCCCCAUGCCUGACGGCUGACUCACUGUACUGGAAGUAUUCUCCUAAUGGAUCCUACACUGUGAAAUCCGGUUACCAGUCGCUCUCCUCUCAACACAAUGUUUCCAUUCAUCCUCCAAGCUCAACUCUCACAUCUUAUUUAUGGCAAAGAUAUCUCACUGAUCCUCUUCAUAUUGCUGCUAUAUGGAAAUCCUGGCACUCGGCAUGGUACCUCUGCUCGAACUGGUUGAAAUCUGUCACUGCCAUCCCUACUCCGCCACUUGGACCUCAUUCAUGGACCAAGCCUCCGGAGAAAAGGGUUAAGCUCAAUGUUGAUGCCUCCGUGGGUUCCGGUGAUGAUCAGAUUGGAAUUGGUUGGAUUGUGCGCGACUCGGCCGGUUCUUUUUGUGCAGCCAAAAACCUUCACAUGUCGGGCUCCUACUCACCCAAAGAAGCAGAAGCGAUUUCUACCAGGGAAGCUCUUAGUUGGCUCAAAGACUACAAUUGGCCAAAUAUCAUUAUUGGAUCGGAUUGUCUCUCAAAUAUUGAGGCUCUCCAACAACCACACAUCGAAGAUCUUUAAUCUCCCUUGAGGCAACUGUUACUUUCUCUUUUACGUAUUGUUCAGCAAAUGAGGCGCCCAUGGUCUCGCUCAUCACAGAAGGGCUCAGUCAAUGCCGCCUCACAGAAACCAAGGUUCCAUACUUAUUUCCAUCUUCCUUCAAUGUACUGUUAAAUUACUUAUUUCAUACUAUAUGCUUUUACAUUAGUACCUAGAAAGUUAUCAAGGUUUCCAUAGGCCACUCGCUGAAGGUAAUCUAGCUCCCAGCCUCCUGUAGCAACUAUGCCUCUGAGGCAUCCCAUAUCCCUUGUGAAUAACUCACCUUCCUUGUG